AUGGGCAGUAUGUUGGCAGAAAUAAUUGGCAUGAUUUUGUCAUUAUUUUCGCUUGUCUUGGACGAAACACCACGCCGACGCGUAUCUUCUCCAGUUCCGACCAAUAAUAACCAUGUAACAAGUGAUACGGAAGAGUCCGAGGCUGAUGAUGACAGACGGCAAUCCUAUAUCAAUGAAGAAUACGAAAACUCUCAUACCAACGAACAGUUAACAGAUUAUACAACGCUUGAUAAUGAUGGUGUUUCGUCUGAGCGGCGGAGUUUUUGGAAGUCGAUUUCGAAAAGUUUGUUUACAACACUAACUGUUAUGGUCGCCAUGAUCCCCUCUACGGCUGCCAUAAUGGCGUUUCUGUAUUUGGAUUUAAACACAACGGAUGUUUGUUUGGAAUGGCAGCAUCACAACAACACUUUACCAUUUUCUGUAAAACGACUUCGCGUCAUCGGUGACAGUGUUGAAGCGGUGAUAACCAAUCUUUGGUUUCCGUUGACAUCUGUAGUUCUAUUUGGGUGGAAAGAGUUUAAACUGAGGUUUAUGUCCACUUUUUAUGUCGCUUUUAUCUUCGGAGGAAUGACAAUAAUUUAUUACUUAUUUUUGCUAGUAUUUGGUGUCUACGAUACGCACAUGUCUUACAGAUAUCCUGCAAAUCUGCUGUUCUUAACUGGCAUAAUUUGCUGUAGCAUUAUCAUCCUUUGCAAUAUCCGAGCGAACCGACCGAGAAAUUAUACAUUGUCCUAUUCUAAGUUUCAUAUUUUCGCUUUAGUUUCAGCAGAGUUCCUCGCAUGCUCUGCACUGGCAUAUAUCUACAGAUACUCUAUAGUGACUAAGUUUAAUAGCAUAAAACAAGAAAAUUUAAAAUUCAUGGUGGCUGCGAUUGCACCGGCAAUAACCAUUAUCCCUGCAAUGAUUUGUAAGCACUUCAUAGCGUUGGGACAAAGUUCCGAGGUUGUAGACCCCGGCCGGAGUUUUGUCCUGGUAUAUUUUAUCCGAGGUGGUGUCAUACUCUUAUACCGCACAAUGCAAGCAGAUUUGAAAAGCAUUUGGCUUUUUAUUGGGUUAUCUCUGAUCUCUGGUUUUCUGAACUUUUUCGAAAAGGCGACCCAUGGAAUGCGGAUAAAAUUGUGGCGAUACAUUAUCUCACGUUUGAAUCGAACUGUUUGCUGUCAAGGGCUCAGGGAAUUACCUCGCAAUACAUCUCAUUAUAGACGGUUAAAAGCUGACUUAGAAAUUCAAGAUAUGCUUUUUGAAUACG